GUGAGAGUGAGAGAGAGGUAGAAUCUACUUCUGGUGCAACUUCUGCUUUAUUUUCUGGUAUCUUGUUUUCCUUCAUGUGUGGUUUCUCGUUGUUUUUUUUCCUUGUUUUUUUAUGUAAGUGUUAUAGGCCUUAAUCGACACAAUUUUAGCUAACCAGGAUGGACUUUAUGCAGCUCAGAGACCAAACUCCUAUGAUGUGUAAAGAGAGGAAAGUGUGUGUUUAUUACCAAUGAAGUUGACAGUAAGCGCACCUUGACAGCUUGGAUUGGACACGUUCCGAAGAACAAGACAGACAUCUAGAUUUCCCUGGGCCGAAGAAACGCCACCUGUGUUCCGAAAAAAGACGCGUCCUCUAGCGUCUUGAAUGACGUACAGUCGUCCUAAAACUCUAAUCUCUCUGGUCGUGGCAAGGCAUUCCUCCAGAUAUUACUGUACAUAGGCCCACUUUGGAGAGAUACUAUCUACGAGAAAACAAAGCAACUCCGGUAUCUCUGUGUGGAUAUAAACAUAGAGUGUGCAUGCAACUUCGUUUUCACUAUUCGGUCACUGCUGUGUUGACGUGCAUCCAUCUACUCACACGAGCGAGCAAACAAACUUCCAUCUGGUUUAGGUUCGAUUCAGGACGGAUAUAUUGCAUAACGACAUUAUAACAUAACUCAUAACAAUACAAUAGCUGUAGGAAAAGCGGAAGAAAUUAUAUGAUACCAAUUUAUAGAAAUUAGUAUAAUAUGGAUUUGUAAAUAACAUUUUGAGGACUGAAUUCAUACUGAAGGAAUGAUGUGAGAACAGCUUAUUGAAAUUGUAAGGUGCAACUCUCUACGGCUAAACUGUUUUGAUUUGUUUUUUUGGGGGUUUUUGUGAGUUGAGCAUCUGUUACGAUUUAUUUGUUUCUCCACCUACUGCUCACUAUGGCUGGAGGCAACAAUAACGGUGAACUCAACAAAGGGACUGAGGUCAAGGUCGCUGAUCAGGGAUGUCUUCACAAGUUCACUUCCUGUCGAUGGACACUGGCGUUUCUGCUGCUGCUUCUGCGCAUGUGCCAAACGGCGUUACGUCAGAACAUCGGGAUGGCGCUGGUGUGUAUGGCGGAGAGGCCUCCGUCUGCUCCCUUCCUGCCCACAGACAACGUCAGCAGGAACCACUUGACGUCUGCCGACAGGGGAAGAAUACCGGCGACAAAAGAUGGCGUCUCUGCAGAGCAGGCGCCCUCGAUCAAAUACUCUCUACACCUCAACUCCUCUGUCGUCAUCGCCGGGGUCAUGAGAGGUCACAACUCGACCCCCGAUGACCUCCAGCAGAAAUACUUAUGCGACACAGGUGAUCGGGAAUUCCUGUGGGAUGCCGCCUUUGAAGGUUUGGUCCUGUCGUCCUACUACUACGGCUAUCUGAUCACCCCUCUGUUGUCCAGUUACCUGGAGCGAGUUGUAGGCGCCAAAAGGCUGGUGGCGGUGUCUGUGGGAAUGGGAGCGGUCAUCAACCUGCUCACCCCUCAAUGCACGCGCGCUCACCAGUACCUGCUCGUGGCUCUACGCGUCCUGGCUGGGACCACGCUCCAUGAGUCUACUGCUGGUGGCUCUAUGGCUAGCCCUGGCCUACAACAGGCCUCAGGAACACCCGCGGAUCUCCCCCGAGGAGCUAGACUAUAUCCUGGCCAACACACAGCCCGCGGGGAAAGCCAAAGAACAAAGACGUCCCCCGUGGACCAAGAUCUUCUGCUCGGGUCCCGUGUGGGCUAUCGUGGUGUCCACCACAACCUUCAUGUGGGUCUACUCCUGGGUGCUGGCCUACCUGCCCAUGUACAUGCAGGAUGUGCUGCUCUUCAAGAUCACCGAGAAUGCACUGUUGUCCUCUUUACCGUUCGCCGGCAAGUUCAUCACUGGCCUGCUGUGUGGCUACCUCGCUGACAAACUGCUCCGCACCAAGAUGUCUGUCAGCUGCAACAGGAAGACCUUCCAGAUGAUAGGCUGUGUGGGCUGCAGUAUAUGUACCCUGGUCAUCAGCUUCCUGGACCACAAUAGCCGUGACGUGGCAGUGGUGCUACUCAUUCUGGCAGUCGCCACUCAGAAUAUAACAUCCGUGGCCUUCAGAAUAAACGCCCUUGACAUUGCUCCAAGGUACGCUGGAUUUAUCCUGGGGCUGUCCAGCACUGUUGCUGUGGCUGUCUCCAUGACUGCUCCCCUUGUCACGUCAGCUGUCGUUAUAGACAAGACGCAGGAGCAGUGGCAGAUCAUGUUUUAUGUGGUGGCGGCGCUGUCGCUGGUGGGCGGCCUCGUCUUCUUGUUCCUAAGCUCGGGGAAACUGCAGCCCUGGUCUCACAGUGAGGAGUCGGUGGAGCUGGAGGUGGAGCUUCCUCCCGAGGGUCAACCCCCUAUAGUGAAACCUAUGACGUCACUGGACAACAAAAAGGGGCGUGGCUCCCUCAGCGAGAUUGGUAGUAGCGACAGCGUCCUGCUGAACGAGGAGCCAAUCAGCGGCCUGGACGGUGACCUGGACGCGUGCAUCAGUGACGUAGAGGUGGGCAGUUACCCAGGCUGUCAGAGAAAAGCUCCGCGGCAUCUACAGAAGUCUGCUGUAGCCAAAAUGCAUGACCUUGACGCCAGCUCGCAGUGGAGCAGUAGCCUGUCUCUCACCGGAUGUUGACGUCAUACACGAGACUGCAGAUGAGUCGAUGUCGUCGGGGGAGUGAAAAAAAAAGGAGGCAGCUCAUCGGAAGUUCAGUUUAACCGCUGGUGUCUACUGCCAAGAAGAAGAAGAAGAGGUGCUAGGAGCCCAGAGAAAGAUCGACUUAACCGAAGAUCAACUCACGAGAGUCCAACACAAGCGGAGUGGACGGUAGCAUCUCACCCCUCGUUGUAUAGCUCGUAUACUACGCUACCUCAGUACUACAUAUUUGGCCGUUUUGACUUACUAAGACCUUUAUGAGAUCAAAAACCUAAUGUUCUAUCUGCUCUAUCAAAAUUGUAAGUUUAUUCAGAGUCGUUAUCAAGAUAUUCAAAGAGUUUCAUUCGAAAAAGCUAUGCAUGAUGUGAAGCAUAAAUCGUUGACGUGAGAUUUCUCAAAACUGGGUACUUAGCAGAUAGAACUUUGUAAUUCUGAGGUAGUGUAUUGCUCCUGACAUUACGAGACCCCGGAUGUAAGGGGCGGGAAAUCUCCUAAAAAACAUAGCAUCAGACUGUCGUGGCUUUCUGUUGGACCAGUGCCGUUGUCUAGACCGGUGCUUGCCAAUCUGGGUGAUAUUGCCCUCUAGUGGCGGGUGAGUUGGUGAGUCUGGUGGGCGACUGGGGUCACCCGCGCAGUCCUUUCCUUUUCCUUUUAUCCGCCACUUAUACCCUUUUGGGUGUCGCGGGAAGAAAGAGACGUCUCUCUGUCGCCAGCCGGAGAACUUGAGUCUGGGGGAUGACGUGGUUUCCCUGACUCCAUCUAUCCAGGUCUUUUUCGGUCGCCCUCUAGCCUUGUUGCCAUCGAUUUUUUUAAUGUAGGCACGUUGUGCUGGAUGGUGUGUUGUAGUGACAGUUAUUAUUUGACGCCCCACAAGGAAAUACCUGUACCUGUCGGCGAACAAAGCGAACAUGUUAUCCUCUUGAAGGAGACAAGUGGACGCCGUCUCUGAAAAUGAUGACAGUCACUCAUCUAGGCUAUACGCUCUACUACUAAUAGAUAGCAUUUGUACAGCGCAAAUCCCCGCUCUAUGCGCUUCACAAUCUAUACUAUUACCCCAGCAGA